AUGAAAAAUAGACGACGUGGAGUUUGUCAUCUCAACGACGAAUCAUCUAACAGUGAUUGUCCAAACAAUUCAAAUCGUUAUACCACUGAACCAGCUUCGGAUGCUGCUACAUCUGUAUCCAAAGCAUCAUUAACAACUUCUAUAUCAAGAUUUAGAUCCGACUUCGACGAUUUAAAAUGCAAAAUACGAAUAUUCGGGGAAUCCCUGAAUCUCUGUCAAUGUAUUGCCAACGAUUUCCAAAAACGAAUGACCUUCAUGGAAAAAAGAUUACAGAACUUAGAAGAGAGGCAGAAGCUGGCGGUCCGCGAAAGCAAUUACUCGGCUAUAAUACAGAAGAAUCAGCGCCUAUCACAUAAGACGAAACAAGAAGCUAAGAAAUUACAAAUGUGCGGGACUGAAGAGGAGAUGAGAGAGGUGGCUGGCAGAAUCUGCAGGAACUACCUACAUGGAGCUUGGAAGACUGUGGACCCGUCAGACUUGGACUUUAAGAGAAUCAGCGGAGGCCUAUCAAAUUUCUUAUACUACGUGGCGCUCCCAGAUGCGAGCAAAAUGCGUUACUCUCGUGAGAGUUCCUUGGAUGCUGAUGACGCAAGGCUUCACAAACGACAGAUAAUGAGCUCACAUUCAUUCUCCAUGGAUGAACCGAAAAAGGUUUUGCUGCGUAUAUACGGACAAGUCCACGGUGAAAGAGCAAUGGAUGCUAUUGUGACAGAGUCAGUAAUAUUCACUCUACUAUCUGAAAGAAGACUCGGGCCGAAGUUGCACGGAGUAUUUUCUGGUGGAAGAAUAGAACAGUAUGUGCCGGCCAGAUCACUCCUCACCAAAGAAUUAUCAGAACCAUCGCUAUCAAUGAAAAUCGCUGAGAAAAUGGCUGCCAUACAUUCAAUGGACGUUCCGUUAUCAAAAGAACCGAAUUGGCUCUGGAAAACAAUAUACAAGUGGAGCAAGAUAGUUAAAGAAGAAAGAUUAUCUAAUACGGUCGUUGGAAAGAACGACCAGGAACAGAGUAUUAUCAAACAUCUCCGUACAAUUGAUUUUGAUAAGGAAAUUGAGUGGUUGAAGAAAUUCCUCGCCACGGUUGAAUCUCCCGUAGUAUUCUGUCACAAUGACAUGCAAGAAGGCAACAUUCUUAUGUUAGAAGAUGAAACUCCCAAUGAAGAAGAAUCUUAUGUCAACGCAUACGAUGACAAGAAGGAAAUUCAUUAUGGGUUAGAAGAAUCAAGUAACCAAGAAGAAUCAACGGCUUUUGUGAGCUCAUACAAAGAUAAAAAAGCUUUUGUUAGCUCAUUCGAAGCUAAAAAACAGAUUCAUUAUGAAGACGAAGAUUCUAUCAUAAGUCAGAUUUCAGAUAGCGGAGAGCCAAAAUUGGUGCUCAUAGACUUUGAAUACUGCGCGUAUAAUUACAGAGGUUUUGAUAUAGCAAAUCACUUUCAAGAAUGGUGUUAUGAUUACACGAAUCCUGAACCGCCAUUCUAUCAUGAGAACCACGAAAACGCUGCCACAUUGGAGCAAAAGGAGAUUUUUAUCAAGGAGUAUCUGAAGCAUUAUCACUCAGGAGAAGAUAGGUUGCCUUCAAUAGAUGAUGUCAAUCAACUGUUAGCCGAAGUGGAGGCAUUUGCAUUGGCAAGCGACCUUUUCUGGUCUCUAUGGUCCAUUGUUAAUGCAUCCAAGAGCCAAAUACCCUUCGGUUAUUGGGAAUACGGACUAUCAAGAGUUGAAUCUUACCUGCGUAUGAAACAAGAAGUCAUCAAGAAAGCAAACUAUGGUCUACCGCUGAAGAGAAAAAUAUGUGAAGUUGAUAUAUGA